AUGGUGUUGUCUGAUCUUGAGAUCUGCAAGCCAGCUUCAAGUUCUCACAAUGAAAUUGGUAUUUCUAGAUCGGAGAGAGAUGUGCCACCAGCUCAUUACUUGUUCAAAAUCGAAUCAUAUUCGGAAUUGAUGAACACAGGGGUGGAAAAGUAUGAGACUAAUGUCUUUGAAGCUGGGGGAUACAAAUGGAGGUUGAUACUCUAUCCAAGUGGUGAUAAGAAAAGCAAUGGCAGUGGUUACGUCUCCUUAUACUUGGCAAUAGCAGAUACUGAGAAGCUUUCUCACGGUUGGGAGGUUAAUGUAAACUUCAAGUUAUUUGUGUUUGAUCAGAAAAACAACAAAUAUUUAGCCAUCCAAGAUAUUGAUGGCACAGUAAGAAAAUUUCAUGAAAUGAAAACAGAAUGGGGUUUUGAGCAAUUACUUUUGUUGGAGAACCUCUUUGAUUCAUCUAAUGGAUACCUUGUUCAAGAUUCAUGUGUGUUUGGAGCUGAGGUUUUUGUGAUUAGUCAUUCUGGCAAAUGGGAAACUCUUUCUGUGGUCAAGGAGCCAGCUCAUGGCACCUUCACUUGGAAACUUGACGACUUCUCAACAUUGGAUAAAUCAUAUUACCUCUCCAAUUCCUUCACUGUGGGGGAGAGAGACUGGAAAUUGAGAGUUUAUCCCAAAGGAAACGUAGACGAGAAAGGAAAAAAUCUAUCUGUUUUUCUAGAGCUUACAAGUUGUGAAAGGUUCCCACCGAAGAGAACAGUGUAUGCAAAAUUCAAGUUGGGAAUGUUGGACCAGCUCAAGAAUAAAUAUCUGGAGAAAACAGCAAGCCACUGGUUUUGUGCCUCAAGCGAUGAAUGGGGAUAUCCCAAGUUUGUAACACUCAAGGAACUACAUGAAGUAGCAAAAGGAUAUAUUAAAGACGAUACUCUAGUUGUGAAGGUUCAAAUCCUUUCGAUAUCCAUAGCUAAGAUUUCCUCCUAG